UUCAGAACGAGGCUCACAACGGGAAUCGCCCUUUACAUGUGAGUGGCGAGUGAUAUUUCUUUAGAAUAAUCUGUCUACAUUUUGAGAUCGUUUCAUCCUUGGACAUCAAAAUGCAGGACCCAAAUGCCGACACUGAGUGGAAUGAUGUACUUCGAGCUAAGGGCAUCAUCCCGCCCAAAGAGAAGGAAGUCACCGAGGAUGACCUUGUCAACAUGGUGGAGCAGACCAUCCAUGAUAAGAGCCAAGGGAAGGCGUUAGCAGACAUGAAUCUGGACGAGCUGGAUGAAAAUGAAGAUGACAUCGAUGAAGAAGAAGAGAGAAUGUUUGAAGAAUACAAGAGACAAAGAAUAGCAGAAAUGAAGGCAGCACAGAUGAAGAGUAACUAUGGCGACGUCUUGGAGAUCACAAAAGCUGACUGGGUGAAGGAAGUAAACAAGGCGGGCGAGGGUGUGUGGGUGGUGGUGCACGUGUACCAAGAUGGCAUCCCUUUGUGUAAGCUGGUGAAUCAACAUUUAUCAAACCUAGCCAGAAAGUUCCCAGCAACCAAGUUUGUGAAAGGCGUGUCUUCAGUCUGCAUCCCUAACUACCCUGACAAGAACCUGCCAACCGUCUUCAUCUAUUGUAACGACGACCUCAAGAAGCAGUUUGUGGGGCCGAUAGCAUUCGGGGGGAUGAACCUAAAACAGGAUGAACUCGAAUGGAUGCUUGCUCAGAUAGGAGCCGUGAAAACUGACCUGGAGGAAUCACCCAAGAAAGAAAUCAGAGAUGUCAUGAACUUGGCAGUGCGUCAGAGUGCAAUAAAUGACGACAGUGAUGACGACUACUGAACUUCUGUUACACCAAUUUCUCACUGAUAUUAAGCUGCAUUUCCCGAGCAUUCCCCCAGUACAGAGAGGGGUGUGUAUGUGUGUGUGGGUAUGUGUGUGCGCACAGAGACAAGGGAGACCACUCCACUUCAUCAAGACAUCCACCAGACCAUGUGGGGCUUCAUACCACAGAUUGUCACCCAGGACUCAUACUUAGUCGGCUAAAAUGACUAUUUGGCCACGCCUACUAGUCAUUGGAUUUUCUCUUAUUUGAUGAUUUAUAGAUUUUUCUUCUCAAAGCCCUCAGUUUAUGGUUGAGAUCAAAUACCAAUUUUUUUAGAUUAGUCCUGUUAUUGUGCGUGUUAAAAAGAAGGGACAUGUUGAGAAAUGCUUUUCUAAAUUUUCGAUAUUUUAAUAAUGUGUCAUUUUUGUGAAAUGUGACGGAACUUUUAAAGUUUUUAUACUGAAAACACAAUCAUACGCUGAAUUGUUUUUCCGCAUUUUUUUAUUUGUGAUGUUGGCAGUCAGCAAACCAAGCAAUAAAAAUAAUAACCUGUACAAUAACACGUGCCGUGCUGUGUGUGGGAUUUUCAAAAUACGAUAGUUUCUGCUACUUUUAUGGAUACCUUCAUCGUGAAUAUUUUUGGCUCAGGUCUUACGGCUAUUGUUACCAUGGUAACAGGUGUUAAUUUCCGAUGACCCAGAUAAAGAGGAUAAUGUGUUGUUUUUAUUUUAAUGAUUUCAAGGUCAGUGUAUAAUAUUAUUUCAAAUAUACUUCUUUAUAAGUUGUUUAUUCUUGUCUGAUAGUAAUUGAUUUAAGUAAAUGAUUCUUUCAAAAUCUUCAUUUCAGUAUUAGGUUGAUAUAUACUUGGCGGUGUCACCAUGGUUACUGCCCUGAGCAAAUUACUUAAAAUGUGCAGACAAUGUCUGUCUCUUGGACUUCCAUGUUUUCCUGUGUUAGUAAUCAAAUUGUUCUAGUUGGCAGGACUCGAAAUGAAGUAAAACGUCCUGAAAUGUAUGCAGCUGAAGGUGUAAUGCUGUUUUGCAUAGUGCGCACAUGUAAACAGUGACAGAUGGCAUCUUCCCGAGGCAAGAGAGUUAACUGACUAUAAAAGUCCAGUUUCCACCCUUGCCGAACUAGGCUGGUAUUAUGGAGUUACAUUUUGCCUGGACUAACGAGUCUAUGCAUAGUCCAAUCAA